AUGCCUAUCGAUGGCAAUGCCAAUCUUGGAGAUGAGAGCUUGAAGCGUAUUAAUGUCUCAGUGCUAAGCUCAAACAAGUUGCUCUCAUUGAAAGGCACUAAUAAGUUUGAAAACUUGACUGAAGAGAUCAUGCUGGAUUACAACCGAUCCUUCGAUAUCAGAAGAACCUUUCUUGGUCAACCGCAAGCAGUUCUUGCUUUGCAGUCUGUCCAAAAGGAAAGCUACAAGAUUAUGGGAACCAAACUCUUUCAAGUGGACCUCUUAUCCACAACAGAUGCUGAGCACUUCAGACAACUUCAAGCUGACCAGUUGAAGGGUUCAAUUCAUAUCCUAAAAAGGUCUUGGAUUGAUGCCAUCCGCAACGGAGUGAAAGACAAUUUGGAUUCACUGGCUACUGACAACGAAUUGUCCCUUGAGAUCAAUGAUAAAAUGAUGGAAGACUUUUCAUGUCAACUUAUUGAAGAAUCUUGCAAAGAAUAUUCUCGCUUCCUCAAGAUAGCCGCUUCAUAUGAUGUUGAGAUUCACGGUACCAAGGACGUCAGGUCAACCUAUGUCCAUCCAUUCAACUCAGCUAUCAAGGAAAGAAUUCCUUUGUUCUCACUUGAACUCUGUCCCCAAGAUGGAGCAUUUGACUUCUCGGUGCCAAUCGACACAUUCAUUAAUGAUCCUGUCAAAAUUUUUGAUGAUGCAAUCGAGACGCUUCAAGAUAUACCUCUGAUAGAAACAGGAAUUCUGAAAAAAAUGUUUAUGGGUAAGCCAAAAUUUUUGAAAGUUGUUACUCCAGACUCUGAUUUCGCCAAAUCUAUCCGAAAAGACAUUCUUGAAGACAUGAAGAAAGCAUGCAAUCAUCUAAAAGAUUACAUUCGUCAAUAUGAUGAUUUUUUGGAGUUCAUGAACAUGGAUUUAACCGAAUAUGUAAGAUCAUACGAGGAAAAGGAGACCUCGCUCAUUGAAGAUGAGAAAGAGAUUGAGGAGAGAUUACGAGAAAAACAGAGAAUUGUUGAUGAAAUCCCAACAUUCAUCACGGCAGGAAUGUUUCAUAUCAAGCUAGAGUCCGUGAACAAAUUUUUGUCUCAAAAAUGUGACACUUUGAUCCGAAUGAUCAUGUCUCUCAGUGCAGAGAAGGCAGCAUCAAAAAGCAAGAUUGUCAAUGAAAAAUAUUCCGAGGUCUACCAAAGGCUCCAAAUCCCCUAUAAGACGAUCGAAGACAUUGUCGACUUGGAAGAGUAUAUCAAAGAAAUACCUAAGGAAACGAACCAAGCCCAUGAAGUUCUCGAAGAAAUGCUUUCGCAAUUCGAAUUUUUAGACCGAUUCAAUUUCCAGCUUACUGAUGAGCAAUUUUCAGACAAAUGGAAUGCUUAUGGAUGUCCCAAACGGAUCGAUGAAAGAGUGAACGAGUUGACACUUCAAAUCCAAAAAGAUCGUGCUGCUCUAGCCAAUGAAAUGAAGACUGAGCAAGAUGCUUUCGAAAAGGAACUGGAUGAAAUUGACAAAGCUGUCGAUGAAUUCCAUCAAUAUAGUAACUUGGAUGAAAUUGAAGUCAUUGGACAAGAAAUCAGAGAAAAGUCGGCUUUGUUGAAGUCGUUUUCCGAAAGGGUUAAGUUGUACCAAUCCAGAGAAAAUCUGUUUGGAGUCAACCAAACAAAUUAUGAUCGUUUAUCAAGGAUUUCAAAAUCCUUUGAGCCUUACGCCCAGUUGUGGAUUUCUGGUGACGAUUGGAGAAAAUGGCAGCAGGCUUGGAUGUCAGAUUCCUUCACAAAUCUCGAUCCAGAAGGCAUGGAAAAAGAUAUCACUGAAGCCUCUCGGAACCUUUACAAAGCUAUCAAGUCAUUCGAAGAAGUUCCACCUUGCCAGCAAGCAGCGCAAAAAUUAUGGAAAGAAAUCGAAGAAUUCAAGCCAUUGAUGCCUACCAUUACUGCUCUGAGAAACCCUGGUUUGCGGGAUCGUCACUGGGACCUGAUGUCUUCUGAGCUUGGAUAUGAGAUUCAUACAGACAAAAACCUUAAGUCGCUUAAGGACCUGGUCGAAAUGAAGCUCUUUGAACAUGAAGAAAGCCUUGUGAAAGUCUCUGAUUCUGCAUCCAAGGAAUUUGCAAUCGAAUCUGCUUUGGAGAAGAUGAUGAACGAGUGGAGCACAAUGGAGUUUGAAAUUGUGUCAUAUCGCGAGACUGGAACCUACGUUCUGAAAGGGGCCGAUGAUAUCCAGCAAGUGUUGGAUGAUCACAUAGUCAUGACUCAAGCUAUGAGUUUUUCUCCUUUCAACAAGCCACAUGCAGAGAAGCUCGAGUCAUGGGCUAAGAGAUUGAACAAUAUUUCUGAAAUCAUUGAGCAAUGGUUGAAUUGCCAGAGAAACUGGAUGUAUUUAGAACCAAUCUUCAGUUCUGACGACAUCAUGAAACAGCUGCCAACUGAAGGGCAAAAAUUUCGGACAUGUGAUCGACUUUGGCGCAAGUAUUUAGGUAUGGCUCACGAGUCGCCGAAUUGUCUUCAGUUUUCCGAUACGGAAGAUCUUCUUUCCAUUUUCAGUCAAGCGUAUAGCACUUUGGAACAAGUACAGAAAGGGUUGAGCGACUAUCUCGAAUCAAAGCGACAAUCGUUCGCUAGAUUUUAUUUCCUCUCAAACGAAGAACUUCUCGAAAUUUUGUCCCAAACAAAAGACCCCAAGGCAGUUCAACCUCAUCUUCGGAAAUGUUUUGAAGCUAUCCACAGAGUUGAGUUCGAAGACGAUCUUGCAAUGUCAUGUAUGUUCUCAGGCGAAGGUGAAAAAGUUGUAUGGGACUCGACUGUUUAUCCAGAGGGCAAUGUGGAGUUCUGGUUGACCGAUGUAGAAAGAAUGAUGAGAAUGUCUGUCAACACUCAUAUGGCUAAAUCUAUGAAAAGUUAUUUGGAGACAGAUCGCAAGCAAUGGGUGCUUGAAUGGCCAGGUCAAGUGAUUCUUGGAGUAGACCAGGCGUACUGGAGCAAAGAGACAGGUGAAGCAAUCGAGAACGAUGACCUGAAAGGAUACCACAAGAAAUGCCAUGAACAACUGCUUGACAUCACAACGCUUGUCAGAUUGCCUUUGACCAGCUUGCAACGAGUAUCUUUGGGAGCUCUUGUCACAUUGGACGUUCACGGGCGUGAUGUUGUGGAAAAAUUGAGCUUGGCAGGUGUGAAACAAGCAUCUGAUUUUGAAUGGGUGGCGCAGCUGCGAUAUUACUGGAAAACAAGUGACCAAGCAUUCUCUGGGAGUGAAUGCUUGUUCCUCAUGCAAGUUGAAAACUCAUUUCGGUAUGGAUGCGAAUACCUGGGCAAUUCAAUGAGAUUGGUCGUGACUCCUCUGACGGAUCGAAUAUAUUUGACUCUGACCGGCGCGUUGGGUAUGGCGCUUGGAGGAGCUCCGGCAGGCCCAGCAGGUACAGGGAAAACAGAAACGACGAAAGAUCUUGCAAAAGCCAUGGCAAAACAGUGCAUUGUCUUCAACUGCCAAGAAGGCAUGGACUACAUUAUGGUGGGAAAGUUCUUCAAAGGGCUAGCGAUGAGCGGAGCGUGGGCAUGUUUUGACGAAUUCAACAGGAUCAAUAUUGAAGUCUUGUCCGUGAUUGCUCAACAGCUUCUGACGAUAAAUCAAGCCAUCGUGAACAAAUUGGAGAGAUUCGUGUUUGAAGGAGUGGAAAUAUCGCUAAACCCAGAAAAUGCUUCUUUCAUUACGAUGAAUCCUGGGUACGCUGGCAGGACUGAAUUACCAGAUAAUUUGAAAAUUCUAUUUCGGCCCGUUGCUUGCAUGGUUCCCAACUAUGCACUGAUAGGAGAAAUAAGGCUUUUUUCCUUCGGUUUUGAAAAUCCGAGAGAGCUGGCAGAAAAAAUGGUGAACUGUUUCAAACUUUCUUCCGAGCAGUUGUCAUCUCAAGAUCAUUAUGACUUCGGUAUGCGAGCGGUGAAUACUGUGAUAUCUGCAGCAGGAAACAACAAGCGAAUGAAUCCAGAUUUUGAUGAGGCGAUCUUGAUGCUUCGUGCACUUAAGGACUCUAAUCUUCCCAAGUUCUUAUCAGACGAUAUCGUUCUAUUCAGCGGUAUCAUUUCAGAUCUCUUUCCUGGGGUAAAACUUCCUGAUCCUGACUACGGAAGCCUCAUGAAGAAGAUGAAAGAAAUCACCGCAAGUCUCGGAUUGCAGUGUGUUGACAUGUUUCUGGAGAAAGCGAUUCAGAUAUAUGAUGUUACCGUGCUUAGACAUGGACUCAUGACGGUGGGUCCAGCUGGGGGUGGAAAAACCUGUUGUAAAAAUAUGCUUGCAAAAACUCUCACAACCUUGAAGAAGGAAAGCGAUGAAUAUUAUGAAGUUCGGCAACUUGUCAUGAAUCCAAAAUCGAUAACGAUGGGACAGCUGUACGGCAGCUUUGAUGAAGCCACCCAUGAAUGGGAGGAUGGUGUCCUUUGCAAGUUAUUUCGUGACGCAGUGUAUGACGUAAGUGAACGACAAAAGUGGGUCAUCUUUGAUGGUCCAGUAGACGCGCUCUGGAUAGAAAGCAUGAACACUGUAUUGGACGAGAACAAGAAGUUGUGUCUUGUCAGCGGGGAAAUCAUCACAAUGACAAACUGGAUGAGGAUGAUCUUUGAGGUGGAGGACCUGGCGGUUGCGUCUCCAGCAACUGUCAGCAGGGUGGGAAUCAUUUACUUGGACCCGAGUGCUACCGUCGGUACGCAAGCGAUGGUAGCCUCUUGGCUGCAGACGUUGCCGCACGACCUGAGUCGCUAUGGGAAGGACUUCAAGAAACUGUUCGAUCAGUUGCUUGACGACGCGUUGGACUUUCACUACCGUGAGUUGAGUGAAUAUGUCAGAACCGUUGAGCCGAAUCGUUGGAGAAGUGUGUUGAACAUUAUCGACGGGUUUCUGAAAGACUACAGAGUACGGGAAGGAGAGACAGUAGAAAAAGAGAAGGUGGAAAAUUUCAAAAACAACAUUGAACCGAUCUUUCUUUUCUCUUUGACGUGGGGGAUCGCAGGAUCAUGUGAUGAUAAAAGCAGGAACAAGUUCAAUGAUUGGAUCCGAAUGAAGAAAACUUUGCCACAGAAAGGUUCUGUGUUCGAUUACAUUUUUAAUGUUGAAGAGGGAAAGUGGCAGGGCUGGAUGGAAACUGUUCCUCCAGUCAAGAUUGAUCCUCGCAAGCCUUUUUCAGAUCUGCUGGUUCCUACCAAAGAAUCAAUAAGCUCUUCUUUUAUGAUAGACCACAUUUGCACUCAGCUCAAGCACGUCUUGUGUGUGGGUCCCACAGGAACAGGAAAGACAGUGACCAUCAAGCAAAAGCUUAUGAACGAUAUGGAUUCUUCGGUGUACAAUCCGGUCUUCCUGAUGUUCUCAGCCCAGACCAGCGCGAAUCAAACACAAGACAUUAUAGACUCAAAAAUGGACAAGAGAAGAAAAGGAGUUUACGGGCCCCCGGCUGGCAAGAAAUACAUCAUCUUCGUUGACGAUCUCAACAUGCCUCAAAGAGAAGUGUACUUUGCUCAGCCUCCAAUCGAAAUUCUCAGACAAUGGAUGGACCAUGGCGGCUGGUAUGACAGGAAGACACAUCAAUUCAACUCCAUCAUAGAUGUCAUGUUUGUUGGCGCUAUGGGACCCCCAGGAGGUGGACGUCAACCAGUCACCAAUCGUUUCCUACGGCACUUCACCCAUCUGGCCUUCCCGGAAUUCAGUGACAAAAGUAUGAAGAUCAUCUUCGGAAAAAUUUUGAGCACCCAUCUCGAAAACUUCUUUCCUGCCUCAAUGCUGUCGUUAGUGGAUCCAAUUUGUGAUGCAUCGUUAGAAUUGUACCACAAAGCCUUGGCAGAGCUCUUGCCAACGCCCUCAAAAUCACAUUACACCUUCAACUUGCGUGAUUUUGCAAGAAUUUUUCAAGGGAUCAUGAUGGCGGACUCCAAGAAGUUGGCAGAAGACUCUGAUGUUUUCAUUCGAUUGUGGGCCCACGAGUGUACCAGGAUCUUCAGGGACAGACUUACGGAUCAACAGGAUCGAGAGUGGUUUGACAGGGCCUUAAUCUCCUUGACUUCUGCACAUUUCCAAAAGCCAUGGGGUGAUCUUGUGAAGACUGACAGAAUCUUCUUCAACGACUUCAUGAGCUCUCAAGCCAACUCAUAUGCAGAAGUCGAAGACCAGGUGAAGCUCAGAAAGACAAUUGAAAGCUUCCUGGAAGAUUACAAUGCUCAGACGAACAAGCCGAUGAACCUGGUCAUGUUCCUUGACGCGAUAGACCAUGUCUGUCGAAUCAGUCGAAUCUUGAGACAACCCAAAGGGAAUGCUCUUCUUCUUGGAGUUGGUGGUAGUGGACGCCAGAGCCUUACGAGGGUAGCAGCAUUCAUCGCGCAGAUGAGCUGUAUGCAGAUAGAAAUCUCAAAGGGUUAUGGCAGGAAUGAGUGGAAGGAUGAUAUCAAGAAGGUGCUCUUACAGGCGGGAAAAGAUGGCAAGCCAACCGUGUUUCUCUUCACGGACUCUCAGAUUGCUAUGGAAUCAUUUCUCGAAGACAUUAACGGAAUCUUGAAUUCUGUCGGGAAUGCAUUUCGUACUCGACUUCGAAAUUUCCCGAGUUUAGUGACAUGUUGUACCAUCGACUGGUUCAUGGAAUGGCCUGCAGAGGCCUUACGUGGUGUGGCUGAAGAAGCCUUCGCAGGCAUCAACUUCUCAGAGGAUAAAACCAAGAAUGGUAUCGUAUCGCUCUGCCGCGACAUCCACCAGGGCGUUGAACAUACAUCGAUCCGCUACGCGUUAGAGAUGCGAAGGCACAACUAUGUGACCCCGACCAGCUACCUGGAACUUCUAAAUAUCUUCAAGCAUGUGCUAUCUGAGAAGAGGAAUGAACUCUCGGUCUCCAAGAAGAGGCUGUCUGUGGGAUUGGACAAACUGGACUCGACGGAGAAGGAUGUAGCAGUCAUGAAGAUUGAGUUGAUUGACUUGCAGCCGGUCCUGGAGAAGACAGCCAUAGAAGUGGAAGAAUUGAUGAAGAAGAUUGAAGCCGACAAGCAGAUGGCCAGUGAGAAGAAGGCAGUGGUUGAAGUGGAAGAGGAGGCCGCGUCGAAGAAAGCAACAGAGUGCAAGGAGAUCAAGGACUCAGCUGAAGCUGGACUCGCUGAAGCCUUGCCUGCCUUAGAUGAGGCAGUGGCAUGCCUGAAAAAUCUCAAAAUGUCGGACAUUGGAGAAGUGGCGAAAUACAGUCACCCUCCCGCUCUUGUCAAACUUGUCAUUGAAAGUUUGUGCAUCAUGUUUCAGAUUGCUCCGACGAAAGUUGGUGAAGCCGGAAAGAAAGUGGAUGAUUUCUGGAUUCCUGGGAAGAAACUCUUAGGAGAUGCAAAGGGUCUUCUAGACAGGAUGUUCGAUUAUGACAAGGAUCACAUUCCUGACAAAGUGAUCAAGAGCAUCCAAAAGUAUAUCGACAACCCAGACUUCCUGCCCGCCAAGAUUGAGUCCGUCUCAAAAGCAUGUACAGCCAUGUGCCAGUGGACGCGUGCCAUGCAUACGUAUCACUACGUGGCCCUGGAUGUAGAGCCGAAGAGAAUCGCACUGGCCAAAGCUGAGAAGGAGUUGCAAGAGGUUGAAUCGAACCUGGCUGUCCUGCAAAGUCAGCUGAAGGAGAUCACGGACGGUCUACAACGCCUGGAAGCAGACUUCGAGGCUGCGGUCGCAAAGAAGAGCGAGUUAGCCGCCAAGGCGGAGGAUUGCAAGGUCAAGCUUGACCGCGCAGAUCGCCUUCUCGGAGGCCUUGGAGGGGAGAAGGUACGAUGGCAGGAGACUGUGAAGCAGAUAGAAGGUUCUCUGAUCAAUGUGAUCGGCGAUUGCAUCGUUGCCUCAGGAGGGAUCGCUUAUCUCGGAGCAUUCACCGCGUCGUACCGUGAGGAUCAGGAGUCGGACUGGAGGAACAAGCUGAAGGAUUAUGACAUUCCCUUCACUGAAGGAGCGGGAGUGAUGAAGACCUUGUCAAACCCUGUGCAGAUCCGGUCAUGGACGAUCUCUGGGCUGCCCACGGACUCGCUGUCUAUUGAGAAUGCCAUCAUAUUGAGCAAGUCGAUGAGGUGGUGCCUGAUGAUCGAUCCGCAGGGGCAGGCGAACAAGUGGAUCAAGAACAUGCAGAAGGAGAACGGACUCGAAGUCAUCAAACUGUCGGAUAAAGAGUACUUGCGUUCGCUUGUGAACGCUGUGAGGUUCGGAAAACCUGUUCUGCUGGAGAAUGUCGGGGAGGAGCUCGAUCCAGCUCUAGAGCCUGUGUUGUUGAAGCAGAUCUUCAAGCAGGGUGGUACAGAAAUGAUCAAGAUCGGCGAUGAGACCAUUGCAUAUCAUCCAGACUUCAACUUCUUCAUCACAAGCAAACUUCCUAACCCUCAUUACAACCCAGAGACUUGCGUGAAGAUCACACUCUUGAACUUUACAGUGAAUCAGAAUGGAUUGGAAGACCAGAUUCUAGGGAUAGUCGUCGGGAAAGAGAGGCCUGACUUGCAAGAACAGAAGAACCAGCUCGUGGUAUCUAUGGCGAACAUGAGGAAGACUCAGAAAGAGCUCGAGGACAAGAUCUUGAAACUGCUCGCAGACUCCGAUGGAGACAUUCUCGCAGACGAGAGCCUGAUAACGGUGCUCUCAGAGGCCAAGAUAACCUCCGAUGAGAUCAAGAUCAAAGUGUCCGAGGCAGAGAAGACCGAGAAGGAGAUCGACGAGACGCGCGAGACCUACAGACCGAUCGCCUUCAAGAGCUCACUGAUGUUCUUCUGCGUGUCAGACCUGGCGCUGGUGGACACUAUGUACCAGUACUCUCUGCAGUGGUUCCUCGGGUUGUUCGAGAUGGGCCUUGAAAACUCUGGGGCGUCCGACGACGUGGAGCAAAGGUCGUCCAACAUCAACGAGUACUUCACCUACUCCCUGUACGUCAACAUCUGCCGGGGGCUCUUUGAAAGGAGCAAGCUCCUGUUUUCCUUCACGCUAUGCAUCAAACUGAUGAUGGGAGAGAACAAGAUCGACCCGGCGGAGUGGAGAUUUCUCCUGGCUGGCGCAACCAACAACGAGACCCACUUGCCUAACCCAGCCAAGGAGUGGCUGGUCGAAAGCAGCUGGUUGGACAUAUCAGACUUGUCAAAGCUAGAGACCUUUCAGGGUCUAGAUCAAGAUAUCACGGACAACAUUGAAGACUGGAGGCGAUACUUCGACAGCAACACCUGUUACAAAGACCAGCUGCCUGGCAAGUGGAACGACCUCUUGUUUCCGUUCCAGAAGCUGCUGGUCCUUCGUUCCCUCAGACAGGACAAGGUCCAGGAGGGGAUCAUGACAUUCGUAGCCAACGAGAUGGAGCCCAAGUACAUCGAGCCGCCCUCGUUCAACCUCCCCCUUGCCUUCGAGGACUCUUCCCCUACUUGCCCCUUGAUCUUCAUCCUGUCCUCCGGGGCUGACCCGACCAUGUCGUGGAUCUCGUUUGCGGAAGAGAGGGGUAUGUCAGAGAGGCUAGACUCCAUCUCUCUGGGACAGGGACAGGGCCCCAUCGCUGAGAGGAAACUCUCCCAGUGCGGGAAGCUCGGAUCCUGGCUGCUCCUGCAGAACUGCCACCUGGCAGUGAGCUGGAUGCCAAGGAUGGAGGCCAUCAUAGACGCCUUCGACGGCUCCGAGCUUCACCCCGACUUCCGCCUGUGGUUGACUGCCAUGCCCAGCCCUCACUUCCCUGUCGCUGUGCUGCAGAACGCGGUCAAGAUGACUCUAGAGCCUCCGAAGGGACUCAAGGCCAAUGUGAUCGGGUCGUUCAAGGACUUCAGCGACGAGUACUUCCAAGAGUGCAAGCAGGUUGACGCUUUCAAGAAGAUGAUCUUUUCGCUCUGCUGGUUCCAUGCUAUCAUGCAAGAGAGGCGAAAGUUCGGGCCGUUGGGGUGGAACAUCUCCUACGACUUCAGCAACAGCGACAGAGAUUGUUGCAUCACUCAGCUGCGGACGUUCCUCGACAAGUACGACUUUGUCCCCUUCAAAGUCAUCCGGGAGCUCUCGGGCGACGUCAACUACGGCGGGAGGAUCACCGAUGACUGGGAUCGGAGGUGUAUGAACACUCUCCUCGUAGAGUACGUCUGCCCUGAAGCCAUGGAGGAGGGGUACAAGUACUCAUCCGACAUCAACUACAUCCAGCCGCAUGCUACUACCCACGAGGAAUACAUGGAGUUCUUGCGCUCCUGGCCUCUGCAAGCCAACCCUGAGGCCUUUGGGCUGCAUGAGAACGCAGACAUCACUUGCGCUCAGAACGAAGUGAAGGAGCUCUUCGAGACCAUCCUUUCUCUCCAGCCCAGAGUAUCAGGAGGAGGAGGGAUGAACCGCGAGGAGGUGAUCGACCACACGGCUGAGAGCAUCCUGAAGCGGCUGCCGGAGCCCUGGCUGCUCAUCGACAUCCAGAAGAAGUACCCGGUGAAGUACGAGCAGUCGCUCAACACCGUCAUCCAGCAGGAGUGCAUCCGAUACAACAAGCUCCUCGUGGUGAUGAAGCAAACCCUCAAGGACGUGCGAGCUGCGUUGAAGGGCAUGGUGGUCAUGUCGGCCGAGCUCGACUCAUUGGCGAACAGCCUCUUCAACAAUCAGGUGCCGGCCAUGUGGGAGAGCAAGGCGUACCCGAGCUUGAAGCCUCUGGUGCUGUGGGUAGACGACCUUCUUCGUCGCACUGAGUUCAUCCAGCACUGGAUCGAUCAUGGCUUGCCUGUCACCUUCUGGAUUUCUGGUUUCUUCUUCCCCCAGGCGUUCCUGACGGGAGUCCAGCAGAACUUCGCGAGGAAGAAGCAGAUCGGCAUCGACACCAUCAGCUUCGAGUUCCGCAACCAGGACGUGGACCAUACGGAGAUCAAGGAGCCGAUCGAGGAUGGCGCCAUCGUGUGGGGGCUGUUCCUGGAAGGAGCCAGGUGGAGCGUGGAGGAGCACUCGCUCAUCGAGUCUCGACCCAAGGAGCUCUUCACUCCCUACGUGCCUGUGUGGUUGGCUCCCGUGCAGAACAGACCCCCCAAAGACCCUGCCACGACCCUCAUGUGCCCCUGCUACAAGAUCUUGACGAGGAAAGGCGUGCUGUCAACGACGGGACAUUCCACCAACUUCGUGGUCACCUUCGAGGUGCCUACCAAGCUGAAGCCUCAGCACUGGAUCAAGCGAGGAGUCGCCUUGUUCUUGGCCCUUGCCUAUUGA